AGGUAGCUAGAGAACGUGAACAACGAGGUCAUAUGUAUUACUACGUAUGUAGUACAUACAAAAAUCACAGCACCAAAUAAAAAAAAUAAAGACCAUAAUAAUAAGGAAUUCGAAAAAUUAAAAUAAAAAUAAAAAAUAAAAUCUCAAACCUAACCACUUUCACUCUAUUUUUUAUUUCCUUUCUUGUAGAUCUCCGUCAAUAAUACCCCACCUAUAAUUUCACAUUUUCUUAUUCUUCUUUAAAAUCAAAUCAAAUCAAAUCUCACUCCAAAACCCAGUUCCUCAAAUUCCAAUCAAAACCCCCAAUUUUGUAAAAAAUGUUUCUUUUUGAUUGGUUUUAUGGAAUUCUUGCAUCAUUGGGGUUAUGGCAGAAAGAGGCCAAAAUUCUCUUCUUAGGUCUUGAUAAUGCCGGAAAAACUACUCUCCUUCAUAUGUUGAAAGAUGAGCGAUUAGUUCAGCAUCAGCCAACUCAGCAUCCUACAUCGGAAGAGCUGAGCAUUGGUAAAAUCAAGUUCAAGGCUUUUGAUUUGGGUGGUCAUCAGAUUGCUCGUAGAGUUUGGAAGGAUUAUUAUGCCAAGGUUGAUGCUGUUGUUUACCUUGUGGAUGCUUUUGACAAGGAGAGAUUUGCUGAAUCAAAGAAGGAGCUCGAUGCCUUACUUUCAGAUGAGGCCUUGGCCAAUGUUCCAUUUCUUAUCCUCGGGAACAAGAUUGACAUCCCUUAUGCAGCUUCCGAAGAAGAGCUACGCUUCCAUCUGGGUCUUUCCAACUGCACUACAGGCAAGGGGAAAGUGAAUCUUUCGGGCUCCAAUGUCCGCCCCCUUGAAGUAUUCAUGUGCAGCAUUGUCCGCAAGAUGGGAUAUGGUGAUGGAUUUAAGUGGGUUUCCCAAUACAUCAACUGAGACUAGAAUUAAGAGAAUUGUACUUUCGAUUUCUGUUGCUACUCCUAUUCAAUGUUUCUUGUGACUACAGAUAGAAUUCGUAAGACUGAUUCUUUAAUUCUUACCGUGAAGCUGUCAGAUCUUGUCAUGCUGAUUGUGCUAAUAUGGAACUCCCUAAGGAAGAUAUAAUCUAUUGUGUUUCUUUGUUCUGAA